UAGAGUAUGUUUAUGAAUAAAUAAAUAGUGAUAAGUGGAGUCUUCUCCUGACAGCCUUGUUGCCACAUAAAAAAAUAAGUUGUCAUGGCAACGCUGUGUAUCCGUGAAGCGCAUGUCAAAUGAGUCCCAAAGGGCAGGCAAACUAUUUUAAAACAGCAGCUCAUAUUCUACUUAAGCCAACUAUUGUUUUGUUUUUUUAUAGAACAACAAUAUGUUUUAAGAAUAAUUAAAUGUAAUGGAAAGAGGUCCUAGUUUUAGGUUUCUUCGCUCGGGAAGAAGUGAAGGCCUUCAGAGCCUCAGAGCGAUGUCGAGGAACAACCUUCCGCCGUCCCGGUGCUUACCGCGCUGGAGCAGAGUCGGGCGCCUCGGACACCCGGGCUCUGCCAGCCGAGCACCGGUGAACCCGCCGCCGCAGCUGCGGCUGCCCGUGGUCCCGGGGACGAGAGCGGCAGAUGCGGCCUGUUCCCGCGGCGUGGUGGAUCACCGCAUCGCAUCACUGCAGAGGAACAUCCAGUUCCUGCAGCAACAACACCAGCAAACUCUGGAGCAGCUCCACGCAGAGAUAGACUAUCUCAGGAGGGAGAAUAAAGAGUUGCAGUAUAAAAUGAUUAUGAAGGCUUCCGACUCAAGCAGAAAAGGCCUGACAAACAGCCGACGGACAUAUAAAGCAACCGUUCGGAGUAGUGGAGCUUGCCCAAGCCUCUACUUAGAGCCCCUGCAGGACACUCGGCCCCUGCAGGGCCAGGAAUCUGGCUUUGCAGAAGGCAUCAAAGUUCCGGGAUCAGUCAGGCUGGACCAUGGUGCAGACACGAAGGGACCCCUCAUCACUUCCUUACACCCUUUGCAAAUCCGGAGCAAUCCCUCCCAUCCACCGCGUGCUCCCACACUGCAGGAGUGUCAGGUCAUCAUCCAUCAGCUUUCCAAUGCAAACAGAUCACAGUCUCAGGAAAUCAUAUGUAUGAAAACAGUGCGGAGAGACAUCGUAUUGAGCAAGAAAAUCACCCGUCAAAAUGACAUUCCAGCGAAGACCUACUUCAUAAAUGGAAAUGGGUCUGGAGCCUGUCACUCUGGAAUCGUCCUUCCAGCACUCAGGCAGAGCGUCAGCUCCAAAAUUCCAGACGGACAGAGGAGCACCAGGACUGCACAGAGCCUUCUUGAAAAAGACUCACCCGUGACAGUUUCAAAACUACCACAGCGUGGCGCUUGUAAUGCUCUGAGAAACCAUCUACACAAAUAAACAAUGAGUAAUGGCUACAAAUUUGAACAAUUUAAUGAUCUAUACCAGUUGUUCUAUAACAGGGGUCGGCAACCCAAAAUGUUGAAAGAGCCAUAUUGGACCAAAAACACAAAAAACUAAUAUGUCUGGAGCCACAAAAAAUGAAAGGUCUUGUAUAAGCCUUAGAAUGAAGGCAAAUGGUGAAAGGAGAACAGUGGAGAAAAAAGUCAAAAUGUGGAGAAAAAAGUCAAAAUGUGGAGAAAAAAGUCAAAAUUUCGAGAAUAAUGUUGAAGUACAAUCUCGAGAAAAAAGUGGAAAUGUUGAGAAAAAAGUCGAAAUGUCGAGAAAAAAGUCGAAAUGUUGAGAAAAAAGUCAAAAUUUCGAGAAAAAAGUUGAAAUGUCGAGAUUAAAAAGUAAA